AUGCGACUAAGAGCUGGACCCGACGGUGUGGAGGAGAUCAAGAGGCAUCACUUCUUCAGCACCAUCGACUGGAAUAAACUGUUCCGCAGAGAGCUCCACCCUCCCUUCAAACCGGCUGCAGGACGACCCGAUGACACUUUCUACUUUGAUCCAGAGUUCACAGCUAAAACACCCAGAGACUCUCCUGGCGUUCCUCCCAGCGCCAACGCCCACCAGCUGUUCAGAGGUUUCAGUUUUGUGGCCAUAACGGAAGAGGAAACGCAACCACUACCCAGCACUAUUGUUCAGCAGCUGCACAGAAGCACAUCCCAGUUCUCAGACGCCUACGAGAUCAAAGAGGACAUCGGCGUCGGGUCGUACUCCAUCUGCAAGCGCUGCAUUCACAAAGGAACCGGCAUGGAGUACGCAGUCAAGAUCAUCAGCAAGGCCAAGAGAGACCCGACGGAGGAGGUGGAGAUCCUGCUGAGAUACGGUCAACAUCCCAACAUCAUCACCCUCAAAGACGUGUACGACGACGGCCGCUCGGUGUACUUGGUGACGGAGCUGAUGAAAGGGGGCGAGCUGCUGGACAAAAUCCUCCGACAGAAGUUUUUCUCUGAGCGAGAAGCGAGCGCUGUUCUCUACACCAUCACCAAGACGCUGGAGUACCUGCAUGUCCAGGGGGUGGUGCACAGAGACCUGAAGCCCAGUAACAUCCUCUACGUGGACGAGAGCGGGAACGCCGAGUCCAUCAGGAUCUGUGAUUUUGGUUUCGCCAAACAGCUGAGAGCCGAGAACGGUCUGCUCAUGACGCCGUGUUACACCGCCAACUUUGUUGCACCUGAGGUGUUGAAGAAGCAGGGUUACGAUGCAGCCUGUGACAUCUGGAGUCUCGGAGUCCUGCUCUACACAAUGCUCACAGGUUUCACUCCCUUCGCUAACGGCCCGGAGGACACGCCGGAGGAGAUUUUGGCUCGUAUCGGCAGCGGGAAGUUCUCCCUCACUGGAGGAUACUGGAACUCCGUCUCUGUGGAGGCGAAGGACCUGGUGUCCAAGAUGCUCCACGUGGAUCCCCACCGGCGGCUGACUGCGGGUCAGGUUCUCCGACACCCCUGGGUGACGCACCGAGACCAGCUGCCCAAAUACACCCUCAACAGACACGACGCUCCGCACCUCGUCAAGGGUGCGAUGGCGGCCACCUACUCGGCUCUCAACAGGAACGUCCCCCCGGUCCUGGAGCCGGUGGGCUGCUCCACUCUGGCCCAGCGGAGGGGGCUGAAGAAGAUCACCUCCACUGCUCUGUGACCUUUAACCCCCCUCCCCCAACUCUGACCUCGAUCCGCCGGACCCUCACCCUUCCUCUCUGUCUCUGGUCCGGUCUGGUGGGACAGACUACUGAUGGACCCAGGAACCGCUUACGCCAAAUAGGAACACGGAGACCCCACUGCCCCCCUCCCCCCCUCGCCCUGUCCUGCAAUUAACGGACUCUUGUGAUUGGAUCUCGUGGCUGGUUAUUUCUCAGCUUUAGCAUCACUGUUUGACAGUCUGAACCCUCUGGUGGCGUUUUUUUUUUUUUUUUUGCUUUGGACAAUCAGCGUGGCCUCGUGGACCCGUAGACCGAGCACGCAUCAGGAAAAUAAAAAGUACUCUAUUUAUUUACUUUCGAACGGGGAAAUCUGAACAUAGGAACAUGGUAAUCUAAUGUAUGCAUUUAAAGAGCUAGGAUCAUUGACGUUAUACUGUCGUAUUGGUUCUGUGUAGCUGUAGAUCCUGUAUUUAAACCUUAAGUAGCCUCUGAGAUGACGCCGUCCGCAGAAAAGGACAGAAGGUGUGAGUCAACGUUAGCGGCAGGUUGGCGUUCGGACCAGCCUCGGCCUCAAAAUGUUGCUGUUUGCUUUUCCAGAUUUACCUGCAGAGCUAGAAAAAAAAUCAGGACGUAAGAAGGGAGAACUCUGAUAACAGAAGCAUUUACUCAACUUGAUGUUUUUUGGGAUAAAGAAAAGUCUCUCAGGAGAGGUGAUUUUUAUGCA